AUAAAAAAUUUUGAUAAAUCAAAAAAAUCCACAAAAAUAAAAGCAAAAAAAAAAAAAAAAAUAUGCCAAAAAUAGUAGACAACUACGUAUUAGAACGAAAAAUUGGUUCAGGCUAAUUCGGAGACGUUUUUAAAGGAUAUAACAAAAUAAAUAAUUAAGACAUUGCUAUAAAAGUAGUAAAACGCGAACUUUUAAAAGGUAAAUUCAAUGAACUUCUUGAGAAUGAAAUUAAAGUAUUAAGAACAUGUAAUAAUGAAAACAUAAUAAAAUUAUAUGACAUAAAGAAGACUGCAAAUAAUUUUUAUUUAAUGUUGGAAUAUUGUAAUGAAGGAGAUUUAUUAUAAUACUAAAAAGAAAAAAAAUACUUAACUGAAGACGAAGCAAUCGAAUUUCUCAUUUAAAUUUUAAAUGCAUUUAAAACUUUAGUUAAAAGUAAAAUUAUGCAUAGAGAUUUUAAGCUCGCAAAUAUCUUAAAACAUAAUGGGAACAUAAAAGUUGCGGAUUUUGGAUUUUCUAAACUCUUAGGAAACGACAAUAUGGCUUAAACUAUGCUAGGCUCUCCUCUUAAUAUGGCUCCGGAAAUUUUGGAUGGGCAAGAGUAUAAUAAUAAAGUUGAUAUUUGGUCAAUUGGAACUGUCUUUUAUGAACUAUUAUUUGGAAAAUCUCCUUUUACAGCUACAAAUAUGAUUGAUUUAAUUAAAAACAUAAAGACAAAACCAUUAGAUAUUCCGAAAAAAAUAAAUAAAAUAUCUCCUGCAACUGAAGAUAUAUUAAAAAAAAUGCUAGUUGUAGAUCCUAAAAAAAGAAUAGAAUGGGAUGAAGUAUUUAAUCAUUAAAUAAACCAUUUGCUAGAUGACAAAAUAAAGAAUGAUCUAGAAGCUACAUUAAAAGAUGAUGGAUAAUUAGCAGUUAAUAUGUCAAAGUUUUAUAUAAAAAAUAAUAAAGUUAUAAAUCAUCCAAGUGAAAUUGAAAAAAAGCAAGAAUUAAAUAAUUAUGCUAUUAAUGUUGCAAAAGGAAGUGUUUAAUAAUAGAAUUAUUAAGGUGCAAUGAUAAAGAGACAAACAGAAAGAAAUAAUGAUGAAGAUAAUAGUUAUUAAAAUAGCCAAUAGACAUAAUAAUCUUAAUAAGAAGAAAAUAAAAACAAUGAAGAAGAUGAAAUGUAAACAAAAGAGUCAGUUCGUGAAAUGUAAAUUAGAAUAAAGAAAAAAAAUGCAAAUCGUAUUUUACAUGAAAGAAAUAUCUAUGUAUUUUUGGCUUCUAUUGCAGAAGAUGCUAUGAAUAAUACUGAUUUAAAAAGUUUUGAAAUGGUUGGAUUUUUGCUUGUUAAGAAACUCUUAUAGUAAGUAGAUUUAUUAUGUAAUAAAUUGAAAAAAAAAGAAAACUAUUUCAAACUUGAAUUAUGGGAUUUAUUUGUCACUUCUAAAGAUUAUAAUGAUAUUUAUGACUAUAUUGAAAAAGAACAUGAUGUAUUUCGAUUAUAUUUUAACUCAAUGUGGGAAAAAAUAAAAGGCUCUCCUAAUAUUGUUAAUUGUAAUGAUCCGUAAAUUAAAUCUGCCAUUUCUAAUAAUAUAGCUUAAAAUAUUGAUUAGGUUCUUAUAAAGAUUCUUUAAGAAUAUUCUUAGGAGUUAAUUGGUCAUAUUAUUGAAAAAACUAAAGACGUUAAAGAUUUGGAACCUUUUAAAUAAUUAAUGAUCCAUGCUGAUAGAAUUCUUGAUUGCUUAAACCUUGAAAAUACAUUUUAAUUUGAAAAUAAUAAUAAUAAAGAAUAAUUCAAUUUCAAAUAGUAUUAUGAUGAAGAUGAUAAGUUAGAAGCUGAUCAGUUGAUGAACAAAAUUUAGCUUAAACUUAAUUAAGUUAGCUAAAGUUGAUAUUUUUAUUAUUAUUUUAUUUU